AAAUUACAGAACAAAGAUAUAUUUAUGAAAAUAUCGAAAAUAUCAACAACGAUUUAAACUUUCGUAAACAUCGUCAGCGAGGCAGUAUCGAUAAAAAUUUCACAAAGUUAAUUCCUUCACGCAAUAUGGCGUCUGGUAAAAAGCAGAAAAAACCCAAGGGGAAAACCAUCAACCUCAAUGACUUCCUCGCACCGGACGGUCAGGCGGCGCCUGGGCAAACUGUCAUCAUGACUCCCAGGAAAAUAACCUCAUGGGCGGAUGAGGUUGAAGAUGAAAACGACUCCUACGAGAGUCCAAAACAAAGACUUGUUCUGCCCACUGCGCCUCGAGCAGCUCGUGGAGCCGAGGUCGAUGAAGACCGUAUUCCGAAAGACGGGCCCUUCAUCGCGUAUGUGUCCAAUCUGCCCUACGAUGCAGACGAAGAAGAUAUUUUGACGCUCUUCAAGGAUAUGAAGGUUGCUGACAUCAAGCUGCCUAAGGAUGACCGGACCGACAGCGGAAAGCUGAAAGGCUAUGGAUACGUCGAAUUCGAAGAAAGGUCUGAUUUGAAAGCAGCCCUUUGUAUAGCAGAUACAAACAUCAAAAAUAGAAGAAUCCGCAUUGAUGUAUCUGAAAACGACGGACGCAGGGGAGGAAUGGGUGGUCGUGGCAGAGACUUUGGAGACCGUCCAAUGACUGACUGGCGGUCUGGCCCACGAGAGGAGGGCUCAAACCGAGACAGAGAAUAUGGAGGCGACAGAGAUGGUGGAUUUGGCAGGAGAGGUGGUGACAGAGACUUCGGUCGAACAGACAAGAUGGCGGGACCGUGGGAAAGGGACCGUGGUGGUCCAGGCCCUGAGCGUUCUUAUGACAGAGGCGGAUUUGGAGGUGACCGUGGUGGUGACCGCGGUGGCGACCGCGGUGGCGACCGUGGUGGUGACCGUGGAGGCGACCGCGGUGGUGAUCGCUAUGGUGACAGGGGAGGCGACCGCUAUGGUGAUCGAGGAGGUGAUCGCUAUGGGGACCGCGGUGGCAGUCGUGGAGGAUUUGACAGAGGAUUCGACAGAGAGAGGGCUGGUGGUUUUGAUCGGGACCGUGGCAAUCGCAGGGACUUUGGAAACGACCGCUAUGAAGGCAGGGACAGAGCCGGUGGAUUCGGAGAGAGGCGAUUUGAAGAGCGCCGAGAAGACAGAGAGUCUGAAGGCCCGCGUGAAAGACCAAAACUCAAUCUGGCCCCCAGGACAAAGCCGCUGCCAGAAGCUGGCCAAUCUGAGGAGGAAACAGCCGUACCAGCUCCAGCGCCAGUUGCUCCCACGGGAGCUUCAAGUUCUAUUUUUGGAGGAGCUAAACCUGUUGACACGUUGGCUCGAGAACUCGAAAUUGAAGAACGCAUUGCCAGGGACAGAGCUGCUAAGGCUGAGGCUGAAGCUGAAAAAGAGAAAGAGGCGCCUCUAACCAAAGAGAGCGCGCCGGCUAAACCUUCAUGGCGGUCUGAGAGGGCUACUGACGAUAAAAGGAACGAUGACCGACCAAGGCGAGUGGAUGACCGGCCUAGAACUGAGGCAGAUGGAAAGUACCAGCCCCCGAGAUCAGGCCCCCGACCAGGCGAAGAAAGGAAAGUAGACGGUCCUCGCAGAAAGGAAGAACGCUAUGAUGAUCGUAAGGACGAUCGUCGUGAAGAAAGACCCAGCCGCAGACUUGAUGAUCGCCAGAGCGAUGAUCGAUCGAAAUCGGCCGACAAGAAUGUUAAGCGCGAUCCUAAGCAGCCUGAGGAGCCGCGAAUGCCCAAAUUUCAAGAACAAAAAACCCCUGACUAUAGCGAACGUAAUAUUUUUGCUGCACUGCCUGAUGAAGACAUUGAGUGCGAGUAGAGUUGUGCUGAAUUUUGUGUCACGUCUUUCAUUACAGCGCUGAUUCUUAUUUCUGCUCAACGGAUUUAUCACUGUUUUAUAAUUUUGUUUAUUGCAAAUCAAACCUAGAAGCCAAAUCGGAUGUUUUUUUGUAGGUCGAUUAUCAAAACCAACCAGUUCAAAAUGCGGCAAGAAUGUGCACCCACAGGACAGUUAUUCAGGCUUCAUUCUGUACACGGUGAAGUGAGUGAUGGUUGGGGGACAGUUAAUUCAGUGACACAAGUGUCAGCAGCGCUUGCUGACUUUCUUGUUCUAUUCCAACCUAGGAAAGCAAUUUUGUUGAUCAUCUUUACUUCUGUACAGUUCGAGUGUUACUUCAAAUUUUCCAUUUGUAAGGUUAAAACAGCAUUAGCCAUAAAAACACAGAAAACUACGA